CUCUCUCUCUCUCUCUCUCUCUCUCUCUCUCUCUCUCUCUCUCUCUCUCUAACAACACACACACACACUGUGAGAGAAUGAACUGCCUCUAGUAUUAGUACACUAUGAUCCCUAAUCUCAACCAGUGAGUGGGCAGCCACUGCUUCUUAACUACACUCCUUCCUGCAAGAAAAUAAGCCUUACUUACCUUUACUGUAAACUCCAACAGCUAUCUUUCUUCCUGGUGAAAAGGCUUUGUUACUUUUCCUACACAUGACAUAAUAAGGCAUUAGUUCAACUGUAGACUGCCUUUCUGUAGGGCAAUGUUAAGGUUAAAAAAAGCGUGUUAAUAAAAAUAUAACUGAUUUAUCAUACCUAAAAGCUUUAUCUGAUUUAUCAUACCUAUUUAAGAAAUCACAUUAACCCUAACAUUUACCUAGCACAAGUUACACAAACUAUAGCCUUAAUUAUUAGGGAAGUGACUUGUGAUGCACAAGUGUUUUGUUUUGUACUUUUGAUAACUAUAUCUACCCCAAAUAUGCAUUAUAAUCCCAAUAAGCCCAUUUAAGUUCUAAGGGGUGUGAAUACUAAUGCACGGCACUGUAUAAGUGCACCAGGAAAUAAGUAGUCAUGCAUUCCUUUGUGAAUAUGACAUAAUAGUGCCACAGUUCCACCUCUCUUCAUAUAAUGUAGUUUAUGUUUUGUAGUAUACUCUUUUAUUAGCUGUGUGUUUAAAAAAUAUGGACACUAAUGCCAAUAAAAUUAAAUAUGUCGUUUAAAGUUUAAAUAAAAUAAAAUGUAAUUAAAUUUAAAUUAUGUAUAUAAUAAAUAUAACAUUUUUUAUAUAUGGUAUUGUUUACCCUACUGUGUUAUGAUAUUGUUUACUGAUUUGGGUGCUAUCAUAUUCAUUUCUGAGAAAGCAAAUUAUUUAUAGCCAAUUGUGUCCAGCUGUGACAAAUGCAAUCUAAUUUACAUCAGGUUAAACUGCAUUCAUUAAUGUUAGUGAUUUCUCUUUUACCUGUGAAAGAGUUUGUCCCUCUAAUUAACAUACCAGUGCAUUUGAUGCUUAAAUAUCUCUGCUCUAAUAUAACUUGGAGAAUUAGUUAGGAUGGAUCAAAAGAUCACCUACAACAGCAUUGUGUAAGAAAUAUGAAAUGACACUCACAGAUAAAUGGCAAUACUGUAACUUUCUGUUUUUCUUUUACAUCCAUCUGAAAUGUUUUGGAAUAACAACAACAACAAAAAAACAUGUAGAAAACGAAAUAAUUAACUGUCCAACAGCAGUUUGCAAUUCCGUUAAAUCUCUGAAUCCUCAGCAGCUCUGUAAAUACACACUAACACUCAUUUUGUCUUUUGUAUUUUCUUUAUAUUUUAUCUCUCCACAGCCCUGUCCAUUCUGUUACUGUAAGCUAAAUACCAGCGUUGCAGAAUGUAACAGUGUUGGAGAAUGAACAUAUCAGACUCUGCUAAAAAACACCGAACGCACAUCAAAAACUUUAUUUGGGUUCCUAAAUGUAUCAUGCCAUUCUGAAGAAAACUGAUUUUGUCUGAACUUAACAUGCCUCUAAUGAUCAAAGACAAAAUUUUUGCUUGUACCAGAUAAUUAUAAGAAUCAUUACAUCGAUGGUAAUGAGGUAAAGGUAGUUCUCCAUUCCUUUAUUCAUCUUCAGUAACUGUUUCAUCCUUGUUAGGGUCAUGGUGUAUCGGGAGAUGUAAUUUAAAGAUGGACAGAUUCAGAGCAAAAACUUCACAUCCCCACAUAUUGAUUUUCUUUUUUUAUUCUGUUUUUGUAUACACAUAAGGUCAUAGGUGGAAGAAUGAUUGCAGUGAUUUUUACAUCUGGUUAAGGGAUUCACCAUACAGUGACACCAGUAUAUUUCAGGGCACAAUGCAUGCGCACACACACACACACACACACACACACACACACACACACACACACACACACACACACACACACACACACAUCUACACACACAUCUACACACUCAUUCCCACCUACUAGUGUUGUUAUUUAGGGGGAAACCCCCAUGAACACUGAGAGCACACAAAUCAUCACACAGAGGAAUUAGGAAUUAUUGUACAUGCUUAUGCAUUGAACUAGACCACGACCGCUGUAACACACUCACUCACUCACUUACACUCUCUCUCUCUCUCUCUCUCUCUCUCUCUCUCUCUCUCUCACACUCUCUCUCUCCCUCUCUCUCUCUCUCUCAAUCUCAGACGAGCCAAAUGCGAUUUAAAAGCGUGCGCAGCCGCUGCACUCCGAGAUAAACAUACAAGGAAUUCAUGUUAUUCACAGAAUAACUUGUGGAUUUUACCCUUGAUCUUGGUCUCAUCAUGUUGAGAAAAAUUCAAAGGGAUAAAGGAAUGACAGCAUAGAUAGUAAAUCUUCUGAAAUAAUUUGUAGGGAAGGAAAACCAUCGUGUUUUCAGCUUUCAGAGUUAGUUGCUGUCUGUUUUUGUUUCCUCGUCGAUCAUUUUGCGCUCUUUUAAAAAAGUAGUUCAAUUUAGACUUCUGACAUUUUGCCCUGUUUGUGGUUUAGCUGUCUGCUUCUUUUUUUGGACUAACAAGAUCUUUACGCACAGGAGAGCAGUGAUGCUGGAGGAACCGACAAAAUGCAGCAUGUGUUGCUGCACUAUGCUGAACAAAAUACUGAUGGUUGGCUUCGUGAUAUCACUAAUGUUUGGUAUAUUGUUUGGAAAUUUGCUAACUUUGGCUGUGGUGCUCGGAACCAAACCUUUCCACACACCCCAGGGUUACCUGAAAGCCUCUUUAGCGGUGGCGGACUUGGCAGUGGGGAUUUUUGUGCUCCCUCUGUCCCUUUACGCAGAGCUUACACUCUUAUUGACGGGCGCAGCACCUGGCUGGACAGUGCGUAAUUCACAGCACACACCUUUCCACCCGUGCAGUUAUAUUGGCCCCGUGUUUGCAGGCUGCACUCUGGUUUCCAUCACUACAGUUUUCCUACUCACUAUUGAGCGCAGCAUUGCUGUCCUGAAACCUUUGCACAAAGAGGUCGUAAUAACAAGAAGACGAACGAGUAUGCUUAUCGUAUUUUCUUGGACAGGCAGUUUUUUCUUAGCACUAGCUCCUUUGAUUUUUAGCAAACAGAUCGCGUUGGAGUAUAACGCAUGCAGCAGAAUGUGCAACUACGCGUUAGAGGCUUAUGAGUUUCCUCCUCAGGCUUGGAAUAUUCUCUUACUUUUCCCAGCGUUUGAUUUUACUCUCCUCAUAGGGACUGUUGUUACAAACAUUAUAUCCUUCACUAAGAUCCGGCAUCAUUCAAGGAAAAGAAGGCGUCUGGCACAAGCGGGUUGCCAAAGUACAUCAGGACCAAGUUUCUCCGACAUUAAGGCAGCAAAAACAAUCGGCGCGCUCACGCUGGUCUUCACCGUCUCCUUCACUCCCGUGGCGGUGUUUGUAGUAGGAAACGUUACCGGAAACGAAUGGUGCAAUUUCUCGUUUUUUGCUUUUUGGACCUUGGCUGCAAGCAGUUGCUGGAACGUCAUUAUCUACAGCGUGAGGGACCAAAAGUUCAGACUCCGAGCGCGUCAGCUUCUCGUGUUGUCGAAAAGAAAACAUUCACCCUGAGACCUCGCUGUACAAUCAGAACCUUUAUUAUGGCCAUGUAAACAUUAACGCACACUUUGUGUCAUUUACUGCCUUCCACACAUUUCACAGCAAAGUGCUCCUGUGAAAAAGGAGGGGAAAAUGUUUAAUGAUGAUGCAACAUGCUACUGAGUGUAAUUGCUGUGAGAAUCCUGACUCAUCUGAUGGGUGAGUAUUUCAGUAGAGCUACUCAUGAAUCAUGACAUUCACAAUCCGACAAACACCAUCCAGGACAAUUUGUACAUAAACGCUUCUUUGGUAUGUUAUAUUAUGUUAUAUGAUGUUUAUGGGGAAAACAUCAAAUUCAGUACAAUCUCCUUUACUUGAUGAAUGUAAUAAUAUUCAGCUUUGUUCUUGUCUUGCUACACAAUACCAACAUUUUUAUAUUAUAUACAGUAAGUGUAUAUUCUUAUUACUAAUAUUGCCUUGUUUUGCUUUACCUAUAGUCCAAGCUAAAUUCGGAAUGGCACAGUUAGUCUACUGUGUUAUGCUUGAAAAAUAAUUAUAUUCUUCUUUCUUCUGCUAAUCACUAGAAAUGUCUGAUUUUACUUUUUUUUUUUUUACUUUCAUCUUAUAUUUACUAAUAUUGUCCUCGUAUAAGAUGCUUGUUCUAUACCAGUCCAGUUUUUAUACUUUCUUUAUAUAUUCAAACAAAAUUUUAACAAGGUUAUUUUUAGAUCCCAAGCAAUUUAAAUUGGAACUGCAUUGUUUUUGAUGUUUGAUUUUCUUUAUUGUAGUCCAUAAUAAACAUGGUGACUAAAGUUCUCUGAAUAUGCGGAUGUUUAGUUUCUCAGAGCAUAUACUGAUGAGGGCUUUUGGGGUUACUCAGAAUGAGUCCUUCUCCCCAAUACUUACCUUCGCCUGUAUGUUUACCUUAACAGUCAGAAUUUGGUAAAUGUUAUUUUGUAUUGAUGUAGGAUUUUUAGUUAGCUUUGCUUUGGCUCAUAGAAGCAAUGCAUAGCUCCGUAAACUGUACUGUGUGCUUGCAGUGCUUAACCACAAAGCCUGUACCAGAGGUGUAAAACCACCUGUUAAAUCAUCUAACACAAGCCUGUUUCUGAGUGGGAUUAAAAUUUUAUAUUCUAUUCCACACUUAUGAAUGAUACUCUUGUUAACAUUCCAUAAAAAAUAUAUUAAUAUAAGAUUCUUAAUUCUGAAUGUAGCAAUGUUUUCUAUAACAACUCAAAUUAUGACAGAGCAAAAAUAAUAACCGUAAAUCUUUUUUUUUGGCCCGUUUUUUGUACAUGCAUGAGGUCUUAAGGCUAAAGAUCAAUGGAUGGCAAUAAUAUCUGUAUGGGAUGCCAGGCUUUUAAAGGGUACCAUGCAUGCAAUGGAUACUAUUUAAUGUAGCCAAUAACCUACCAGUUUGGGAGAUGGGAGGAAAGCCACACAAGAGACACACAAACAUCUGAACUCCACACAGAACAAUACCCGAGCUUGUGAUUGAAGUCAUAUAUAGUGUUUUAAUACAGCUAAGAUCAUGUAGUUAUCAACUCCGCUACAUUUUGGAUUAUGUAUCACUGUAGGAUUAGAUAUUUAGAAUUCUAAAUCAAAUCAGCCUUCAAAUAAAGGAGAAGUAGUGAAAAAGGCAAUGUUAUUGCUAUUGAACUGAGAGCAAAGUUGCAUAUGUGACAACAGUGAAGGUGGAAACAGUUAAGAGGAACGCAGCACACUUACACAAUCCCUUGCGUAGCAGUGGCAUUUUAUUACCUUUUGCUGGUCUCAUAGCUCAUCCACCCAAAUUGCUAAGUGUGUGUACACUUUGGUAAGCUGUGUUUAGAGUGUGCAGUGUGUCACAGUCAUUAUUCUAUAACUUACCUGGAAAAAGUGAUGUCAGACUUGCUGGUCUUUACUGGAGUCAUGAUAUUAUAGCAUGCACUGUCAUGCAUCUCACAAACACACACAUUUAGGAAUAAAGGUUGAAUCACCUGAUUUCUCACAUUCAGUGUUGAAUCAAGUCUACCAAGAGAUAACAAGAUUUAAUUGCACGUUUGAGUGUAUUACUGCUCUUGAAUAAACUCACCAGGUGUCUCUAUUUACUCUGAAUUAUAUGCUCUAGAAAUGUGAUUAAAUGCAUUUAUAAUGUGCUGAUUGUAAUUGUAUAAAACACACCCCAUCAUUUCAUCCUGGCACAAUCCAUUCAGAUAGUUUAUGGAUUGGCCUGGAGACUUUAAUAUUGGACUUUGUUUUCCUUUCUUGAUCCCCUUUGUGCUAUGUGUGCAUGAAUGAUAAUACAUUCAUGUGUCCGGAUGAAUCACUGUAACUGUGCGCACAUAUAUAUAUAUAUAUAUAUAAAAACACAGACACACACACAGACACACUGUGUAUGUAUAUAUGUGUGUGUGUAUAUAUAUAGACCAAAUGUGAGUAAGCUGUAAUUUUCAUAUUAUAGUACAUUGUGAAAUGUCAAUAAACUCUUACAAAAUAUGCAAAUGAAAUCUAUUCCUCUACAGACUUCACAUUACAUAAGAGACCUUACACACAAAAUAUCUGCCCUUUCCACAUUAUGAUGUCUUCAUUUCUUCAGACACAUUUUCCAUCUCAGUGUGUUGUCCAGAAUCUCAAUAAACUAAAGCAACAACUUGCAUAUUAAUCUGUAUAAUUAACAGGAUCUUCAGUGGCAUCCAAGAUUUAUUUUGCAACA